GUGAUGAUGUUGAUCCUGAUCCUGCUGCCCGUGGCCUUUCUCCUGCCCCCUGGGGCUGGGGCUGGUGAGAUAAUCGGGGGCUGGGAAGCCAAGCCCCACUCCAGACCCUACAUGGCCUAUCUGGAAAUAGAACAUGGAGUUAGUAGAUCCUUAUGUGGAGGGUUCCUAGUGUCGGAAAACUUCGUGCUGACGGCCGCUCACUGUAAUGGAGACAAGAUCAUUGUCAUCCUGGGAGUCCAUGAUAUUACCAAACAGGAACAGAGCCGACAAGUGAUCCCUGUGAGAUGCCAGUACCCCCAUCAGGAUUAUGACAAGAAGUCCCACAAUAAUGACAUCAUGCUGCUGGAGGGUGACUCUGGGGGUCCCCUGGUGUGCCAGCAAACAGCCCAGGGCAUUGUCUCUUGGGGAUCAAAGUUGGGGACCCCACCCGCUGUGUACACAAGAGUCUCCACCUUCAUCCCCUGGAUACGGAAGACUAUGAGGAUGCUGCAGCCUUGAGCCCUGCUGGUAAUCACUGCACGGGCUGGAGGUUCACCACUUCUGUCCUUUGGCUUGGCCCAGAUGUAGAGUCUGCUUUGCAGGGGGGUUGAGU